AUGACUGGAUAUGAAAAAGGUCCAGUUAUCCCUCCACAUGAUAUGCAGAACAACAUGGAACCAAUAAACACACUUCCUGGCAUCCCCGAAUAUCCAAUGGAGUACAAUCCUCAGUCUGUACAAGUGAAUUUAAAAGCUGCAAAAAAGCAAAAAUUCACACCAGAAGAAGAUGAAAUGCUCAAGCGUGCUGUCGCUCAACAUGGAAGCGAUUGGAAAAUGAUUGCUGCUACUUUUCCAAAUAGAAAUGCGAGACAAUGCCGUGACCGUUGGAAAAAUUACUUAGCACCUUCAAUUUCUCAUACUCCAUGGACAGCUGAAGAAGAUGCUUUACUUGUACAAAAAAUUCAAGAAUAUGGUAGGCAAUGGGCAAUCAUUGCAAAGUUUUUCCCUGGAAGAACAGAUAUUCAUAUCAAGAAUAGAUGGGUUACAAUUUCAAAUAAGCUUGGAAUACCUCAAACUCAACAAAUGCAGGUUGAUCCAAACGAGAUUAUACCGGGCGUAACCAUUAUUGAUAAUAUGAUGAAGCAAGAAUCACAAUAA